AUGGGUGUUACAGGUCUGUGGACUGUGGUUAAGCCAUGUGCUCGGCCUAUCAAACUCGAAACACUUAACAAAAAGAGAUUAGCAGUUGAUGCCUCCAUAUGGAUAUACCAGUUUCUGAAAGCGGUUCGCGAUAAGGAGGGUAAUGCUCUCCGAAACGCUCACAUUGUGGGUUUUUUCAGGCGGAUCUGCAAGCUCCUCUACUUCGGUAUAAAACCGGUUUUUGUUUUUGAUGGGGGAGCGCCGGUAUUAAAACGGCAGACGAUAGCAUCUAGAAAAAAGAGAAGAGAGGGCAGAAGGGAGGAUGCUGCUAGGACUGCAGAAAAAUUACUGGCAGUCCAAUUACAAAAAAGAGCUGAUGCCGAAGAGCUGAAAAGAAAAAAACUGACGUCUCAUGAGGAUGAGGAGGCUCAGGAACCUUUGCCGGAGAACCUGGUUUAUGCAGAGGAAGUCUUCAUGACUCCAAAAGAAAGGGGACAAAACCGUCAAUUUCGAAAGAAAGAUGCCUAUCACCUUCCAGAACUGGAUGUUUCUCUGCAAGAAAUGGGGGCUCCUAAUGACCCCAGGAUCAUGUCGCAUGAGGAGCUAGAAGAAUAUGCCCGGCAGUUUCAUUCGGGAGAAAAUAUAAACCUCUAUGAUUUUUCCAAUAUUGAUUUUGAUAGUCCAUUCUUUCUAAGCCUGCCAGCUAGCGACCGGUAUAAUAUCCUAAACGCCGCUAGGUUACGGAGCAGGCUAAGAAUGGGAUACUCGAAAGAUCAAUUGGAUACCAUGUUUCCGGAUCGGAUGGCCUUUUCAAAAUUUCAGAUUGAGCGGGUUACAGAACGCAAUGAUCUCACUCAGAGGCUCAUGCAUAUCAAUGGUAUGAACGACGAUAAUCCAAUCUACGGCUCGAGCUCGCGUAUUGCCGGAGAUAGGAAUAAAGAGUAUGUUCUCGUGAAGGACAAUGGCGUCGAAGGUGGUUGGGCGCUUGGAGUUUUAGGCAAUCGCGAAGGAGAACAAAAGAACAAGCCCAUUGAUGUUGAGGAGUAUAGCAACCAACAUUUGACACAGAAUUUUGAUGAAUCGGAAGAUGAAGAUGUUGAGUUUGAAGAUGUACCGAUUGAGGGACUUAACCGACUUCCGAAGCUUCCAAUAUUCGAAUCGGGCGUUUUCGAUGAAUCGAUUCGACAGAAUGUGCUUGAAUCAGCAGAGAAAAGGCAAGAGCUCUACAAUUCUCGUCAAGAAGCGGCAGGAUAUGGAAAAGAUAUGGUAAAACUUAUUGACGAUGAUGAACUCUUUAUACCAGAGUCGCAAACCACUUCUAACAUACAAAAGUAUGAUUCUUUAUUUAAAGAAAAUGACGAGGAAAACCUGCGCCGUGCUAUUCAAAUGUCACUGGAAAUACCGCCUGACGAAGGAAAUGAUGACGAUAUUAUGAUAAACGAAUCAAUGGAAGAGACGUCAAAUAUUUUCAAUCCACGGCCAGAAGCACCCAGUAGUGCUGCUCGGGAGCUAUUAUUAGAUACAGAUGAUGAUGAUAUGGAUUUGUUCGCCGCCAUAACCAAUUCAGCACCUAAGAAAGCGGCGCCUAAAACGCAACCAAAUUCCUCAUUUGACGGUUUGCUCCCAUUCAAGCCAUUCAAAAUCACCAGAAUUUGUGAAAAACCAGAUCACCAGACGAAUAUGAUUGAUGAGAAUGCUGGUGGAUUCGAGCCGAUAGGAAACAAGGCUUCAAAGGAACCUCCCAUUCUACCUCCAUGGUUUUCUGGGAGCUCUCAGAGGAAGGAAUUUAUCGAACAUGAGACCGAUGAUGGUUAUUCCGGUAGAGAUCAAUACCCUCAAACUACCCAAGCCAGUGAAUUAGUAUCUUUAUCCGGAAACCCGGAAAUAAUAAAUCUGGAUGACGAUGUGCCCCUGAUAUCCUCAGCUAUCGGAGCCGAUUCUAAUAAGUCUUCGGUUCCAUCAUGUCCACCCCACGACAUCAGAUCCAGUUGUCUGGGCCAGGCAAAAAUACAACAAUCAUCCACGACGAUAAUAGAUUCUAAGAGAGUUGCAAAUACCAACUCCCCAAUAGGUAUCCAAUUCGCUUCGAGCAAAACAAAUAACACACCAGCUCCACAAGAGAAGUCACUUUCCCCAGAGUUUGAAGAUGUGGGCAACCGUGGGCUAGAAUCAAACUCAUACCCAGUAAUUUCAUUUGAGCCCCCAGGUACUGCCUUGGCAACCAACUUUGAGGAAGAAGAUGACUACUCAGACCCUGAAGAUGCCGAGCUGAUACAUCAGCUUGCUGCUGAGACAGAAGAGCACGCAAGAUUUGCUUCAACCUUGAACCUAAAAAGUCAAGCUGAAAAUGCAGUUGACUAUGAACGAGAGUUGAAGCAACUCCGUGCUCAACAGAAGAAGGAUCGCAGAGAUGCGGAUGAAGUAUCACAGAUCAUGGUCACAGAAUGCCAGCAGUUACUACAAUUGUUUGGCCUUCCUUAUAUCACGGCACCGAUGGAAGCAGAGGCUCAAUGUGCGGAAUUAGUAUCAUUGGGCCUCGUUGAUGGAAUCGUCACGGAUGAUAGUGAUAUAUUUCUAUUUGGAGGUACAAGAGUAUACAAAAAUAUGUUUAAUCAGGCAAAAUUUGUCGAGUGCUACCUUACUAGUGACCUAGAAAAGGAAUAUGCACUUGACCGCAAAAAGUUGAUCAACUUUGCCCACUUGCUGGGCAGCGACUACACUGAAGGCAUCCCUGGCAUUGGCCCAGUCACUGCCCUCGAAAUACUCACGGAGUUUUCUACUCUUGGACAGUUUACUGAUUGGUGGUCCAAGGUCCAAAUGGGCGUCAGCAUUGCAGAGGAUGUUCAUUCUAAAUUUAGAAAGAAGUUCAAAAAGAAUGCAACGAAACUGUUUUUACCUCCUGCGUUUCCCGAUAAACGCGUCGAGACAGCGUAUUUAGAGCCCGAAGUUGAUUCUGACCCUUCCUCGUUCCAAUGGGGAGUCCCGGAUUUAGAAGCACUUCGCCACUUUUUGAUGUCUACGGUCGGAUGGUCCCCAGAGAGAACCGAUGAAGUCCUCGUCCCAGUCAUCCGUGAUGUCAACAGACGGGAGCUAGAAGGCACACAAGCCAAUAUCACACAAUUUUUUGACGGGCCCCAGGGCUCUGGCGCCUUUGCUCCACGCCGUCGGGCAGCUGGCCCGACUCGCAUGGAAAAAGCGUUUUCUAGGUUGAGACAAGAAGCUGAAAUUAGACGCAGCAACGCUUUAGGAGACGGUCCGGCCACUCCAAUCGACACCGAUACCGGAGAAGCGGAAACCGAGCCCGCCACAAAAUCAGCAAAAAAGAGGCAAAAGAAGAACCAAUCGCUGGCCGAUGGAGAUGUUUAUUCCAGCCAGACAGCGGCUAAUAAUAAGAAAACGAAGAGGAGAAAGGUUUCCUGA